UCACUUGCUUGUCCCACUGUCGCAUCAACUGUGUUCUGCAUUUCUGAUGGAAUAAUUUUUACAGAAGCUCAGCAACAUGGUAAAGAUAAAAUGGUGGCUGUUCUUGUGGAUGGUCCUGACUUCUUUGCUCUUUGAUCUUUGCUCUGUUCACAGUCCCAAGUGUGAAGGGAAAUCCGAAAGAUGUGAAUCUCCAUGGAAUAGCACGAACAGCAAGGGACAACUUAAGCAAAUGCAACAAUAUAUAAACGAGAAAAUAAAAAACUUGGUAAACUGCCAAAAGUUGUCCCUCUGUAAUGGUGUGGGUUUAAUGCACAAACCCAGUCACCCCUUUAAAGGCCUUGAACUUCAAGCCAGUGAUACCGAGGUAAUGCUGGACGGGCCUGUCCUAAACAGCAAAGUGACUGUACAACUGCCAAAAGAGCUAGAUGCCGGACCAAACAAUGGCAUUACCUUUCUAAUGCUUUACUCAACAAACUGGCUUGAUUUGGAACCCUCGGUUAACCUGUAUGAGGAAAGACUGAUUAGCCUGAGUGUGGAGGACAAAAAUGUUUCAGGACUACAGGAACAUGUAAACAUCACCAUAAAUGUUACCACGGUUGUAAAUGAAACCCAAAAGCCUUCGUGCCAGUUCUAUAAUUUUUCAACUGAAAAAUUUAGCCCUGAUGGCUGCGUAACAAGAUGGGAACGGAGUCACAUCACCUGUUCCUGUGACCAUCUCACAUACUUUAUUGUGCUCAUGCUGUCUGCCACACCCCCACCUCAAGACCUGGCUGCUCUCACAUACAUUACUCUGAUUGGCUGUAGUAUUUCUCUUUUUGCACUGGUCAUGACUGUUUUGCUCUUCAUCACAAACAGAAAAAUUAGAGCAGAUGUCUCCAUGAAGGUCCACAUCAACCUUGCAAUUGCCCUGAUCCUGCUCAACUUACACUUCCUCCCCAACCAGGCAGCGGCAGCACUGUUUAACGAUGGACUUUGUCUUUACAUGGGUCUGGCUCUUCACUACUCCCUGUUGGCUACUUUUAGCUGGAUGGCCAUAGAGGGCUUCCACCUCUACCUUCUCUUAGUCAAAAUCUUCAACAUCUAUUUCAAGAGAUACCUGCUGAAACUCAGUGUAGUCGGGUGGGGUAUUCCUGCUGUCAUUGUGUCAAUUGUGGUCAUCCUAGACACACGCAACUAUGGUAGUGUCAUUGUGGACUCAACUAUAAACACAUCGAUAUGUUAUUUAACUAAUAACACAGUGAAGAAUGGGACUACAAUUGGAAUGUUUUCCUUGGUGUUCCUCUUCAACAUGAUCAUGUUAGGGGUAACAAUCAAACGUGUCGUCAGUCUUCGCCGUAGUCAAGAGUUUGGACCGUGGGAUCGUAAUAGAGCCAAGAAAGACAUUUGUACCCUGCUUGGAGUCAUCACUCUUCUUGGCAUUACCUGGGGCCUGAUCUUCUUCUCGUUUGGCUAUCUGGCCAUUCCAGGCCUUUACGUUUUUUCCAUCCUGAACUCACUGCAAGGGUUCUCCAUCUUCCUGUGGUUUUUGAUGUCUUUGAGAAAGGCUGGAAACUCAGACCCUGUGAGGAGCAGUCAAAGCACCUAAACCUAAAACCAGAAAGUCAUGUGAAUUUGGAGGCCACGUCAGCACCUUGUGCUGUUCUUUUGUUUUUUGUUUUUAUUGUUAUUGUUAUUAUUAUUAUUUGUGUGUGUGUGUGUGUGUGUGUGUGUGUGUGUGUGUGUGUGGUUAUUCACUUCUCCUGUCAGUGGUUUUAAUCUUGUGAUUGAUCAGUGUGUAUUCAGGCAUGCAUUUAGCUUUGUCCGUCAGGAUUUUUUUUUCUACAUUGCGUGUGAUCUGAUCUGGGUUUGACAUGCAACUCACUUGAUAUUGAUUCUUGUACUUUAAAAGUUUCUCUGAUAAUGUGGAUUCUGUGGAUUAUACCUAUUGCGCUGGAUAUUGAAAUGUUUCCACAUCUGUUUAGUAAUAUUUUAUCAUGUAAACAUACGAGCAUAUAGCAUAUUGUACAUAAAUCUCUGGAUACAUUACUUUAAUAUUGGUUAGUUCUUCAACACUGACAGCUGGAAUUGUUACAAUCUUUAGUGGUUUCUACAACAUGGUGUUAGUGUGCAUUUUCGUAUUUCUGUUCUCAGACUGGUUUACUGCAGACUGAUGCACAGUCAAAUGUCCACAGAGGGUGAAAAAGUUUGACUGAGUUAUUACAGGGCCAUAAAAACAUAAAACCUCCAGCGGACCUAACACAAGUGCUGCUGUGUUUCGCUUACAUACAAUAAAUGAGAGCCAGCACAGCUCAGUGGUACUUGUCUAGUUUAUGUUGUUCACCUGAGAGGAAAGAACUACUCUUCUACUGAAUAUUAAUGUAAGUUUAUUUUCCUCUAUCUAAUGGGCUUGGGGUAUCUGUGUGGUGUUAGUGUGGAUAUACUAGUCACAACAUUCAUGUGAUAUAAGAUUAAUCUGACUGAAUUUUUAUACAAGACAUGUAAUUAUUUUCCUAAGUAUAUAAAAUGUAAAUUUUAGGUGGACUGUUUGGAUAAAUAGUGAAACAGCAAGAAUGCAAGAACGUGUGAAUUUAACUUUUUGAGUUUUCAAUGUUUUUGAUUUAUGAGUUUCUACUGUGGCGUUUGUUUAAUUUCAUUAUUUGUUACUGUGACUGGAUUCAUAUGCUAUGUCUGUGUGAGUGCAAAAACUUUAAAGAAUAAAAAAACACAUUCACACUCUA